AGCGUCUUAUAAAUAGCAUAUGACGAUGUUUGUACAUAAUAGACGUGCCUCAACAAGCAGUUUCGAUUUGCUAUACGCCUAUAUAUGAUCAUUCACUAGCUCACUUGACGUAUGUUAUACGACCUUGAGAAAUAACCGAUUAAGUUUUGGCGCAACAAUGGCAGUCGACAACGUGCGAAAGAACGCCAUGAAGCGUUUGGCGCAAGAUCUCAAAGAGUUGGAACAACAGCCCGAGGAAAACGUGUCCGCAGCGCCACUUGAGGAAAACAUGUUCGAGUGGCACUGCAAUUUCCGGCAUGACGACAUCAUUUACCAUCUCAUACUGUACCUGCCCAACAAGUACCCGUACGAAUCACCCAGCGCUGAGUUCGUGCCUGCCGGCUUUAGGUAUAACAGCGGCGCCACGAUGCCAGGAAAGAAGGGCACUAAGGUAUGCCUGAACAUUUUUGCCGACUUCGCCUUGAUUCAUACGGAGUGGAAGGAUCAGAAAGGACUCGGAUGGUCCCCUGGCUACACCAUUCAGACGAUUCUAAUGAACGUGGUGGCGUUUCUGGCUGAAACUCAGACAGGGGAGAAUGAAUGGCAGAAACAAACACAUGCCCACAACCUAAAACUAUCAAAGGGAUUCAAGUGCGAAGACUGUGGGCACACAUACAACAAACCCUAUCCUCAAUUGCCAGAAUCCUCUACUGUCAAGAAAUCUAAGACCCAACCUAAAGGUCCGCAGAUCGUAGACUAUAUGUCAAAGGAGCCUCUUAAAGUCGAGAAACCUAAGGGCAUAGAAGACUUGUAUGGCUACGGAUUGAUAGUUUCUGGUCCAACUCACCGACCCGCUUUGACUACCCCCUGCGAGUUCCUGAAAUUUGAUUCAUUUAACAGCAUGAAAAAAGCUGUGGGUACAGUCCACAGCGUUCUUAAAGAGGAACUGAAGUUUUUUCUACCGUUAUACAUCCACCAGAAGCAUGGGGAAGAAAUCAAGGCGACGUUUGAAGACGUGCUUACCAAAGACAUCGCAGCGAUCAUGCCGAAGUGCAAGGCGAACAAAACCCCGAUUGAAGAAAUGGUGAUCAAGACCAUCCCAAACCUUAUGAGCGCCACGGUGGUGGAAUUCAGCAAAGGAACGCAGCAUACGAGCGAUAACAGUCUCAAUGGUUACUUCGCAUUGCAUCGUCUCUUUCUAUGGGCAUUGGAAACCUAUCCUGAUCUACAAGGAAUAAUUGAAAAACAAAUUCAGGAGUUCAUCGAGAGUGAUAAAAAUCGUACCAAGAAAGCCUGUCCACAUAUCGGGGAACGAUUGAUGCUGCUGGCCGCAUCCCAUAAAUAUAAAUGGGAGGACUUUGCCUUGGCAUACUUAUCAGAGAGCAUGCGCAGGCAGGUGAUGUGGUACGUGAAGGAAGAUGCCAAACUCGGGAUGCUCGACACCCCCAUGGAGUACCGGCUGACACACACCUUGGAGAGGACCGCAGUGAGCAGGAAACUGCUGGCUUUCCAGGUGUUGUUCCUGGAUAUAGCAAUGCCCCCUGAUAUGAGCAGAAAAGACCUGAUAAAAAGCUAUGACGACAACCUGGGUUUUCCCACAGAGAAAAUGGUUGCCAAGAUGAAGGAAUCUGUAGAACGGAUCAACAACAUGAAGACGUUUGUUGACUGGUACAAGGUACUGAAGUUGAAGCCCCCAAGUGAGAAGGAAUUGUUUGAUGGAUUUGUGAAGAACGUUGAGUUCUCCAUAUGGAAUGAUGGCUACAACUGGUCCUUCUGGAAAACUGGAGGUGGUUGGGGUGAGGUCCUACGAAGAUACAAGCCAUAUACACCUAAAGAGAAAAAUGCUGAAGAUGACAAGCAAGCAAAAGGAAAGGGCAAAGCACCAGUAAAGGGUCCUUCAAAAGCAAAAGGCAAAUUUGUAAAACAAAAACCAAUGGCUGUGUCAGAUGAUGAAGAUAAUGAUGAUGAUAAGGGCAAGAAAAAGAAAAGGGCCAAAGAACCAGCUUUAAAAGAAGCAAGCAGUGAUGAAGAAGAAGAUGAAGUCCAUCCUGCAAUGGCACAUGGAAGGGGCAAAGGUCGAGGGGUCAAAAGAGCUGCGAAUCCUGCUAAUUCGGACAUUAAAAGUGACAAGGACGGUGCUUUGAAAGACGUCCAUAUGAAAGGUCGUGGUCGCGGAAGAGGUAAAGCGAAUGUGAUUAAGGUAGAGGCCCACUCAUUGAAGAAUGUUGGAGGUGGAAGGGGAAAAGGUGGCAAAGGGGGCAAAGGGGGCUCUAAAGCUGAGGUGGUUCCAAUACAACAAUUAAAGACGGCUGACAGAAAACGUGGGGCAGCUCAAGCAUUCGGAAAGGAGGUAGCACGAGGAGGAAAGAGGAAACGUUGAGUCUACCAUAAUGAAUGUCAGAAUCGUGAUGUUAAAAUUGUUGUGGACAAUGUAGACUGACAAUAGGGAACAACUAUACAACUAUAAAAAAAUUCAUAAAGUGAUGCCUGCAAAUAUUUAGUGUACAUAUAAAUCUUCAUUUUAUACAUAUUUUAAAUAACUUCGGUAACUUCUUCUUUUAUGAAAAGCAUGUUUAUUUUAGACUGUUUUGUUAAUGUUAAAGUGUAUUUAAAAUUAGCAUUAGGAAAUAAAUACGUGUCAAGAAAA